AUGGCCUCUAUAAACGACCUCGCCGCCGCGGCCACGGCCUCGAACACGCCGGCAAGCGGGAAACGAGGCGCCUUCAUCGUCCUGGAGGGCCUGGACCGCAGCGGCAAGACGACGCAGGUGAAGCUUCUGGAGCAGCGCUUCGUCGAGCAGGGGAGCAGGGUCAGGGCUGUGAGGUUUCCCGACAGGACCACGCCGAUUGGACAGAUGAUUGAUGCGUAUUUGAAGAGCGAUGUGCAGAUGGAGGACCAUGCCAUUCACUUGCUGUUUAGUGCGAAUCGCUGGGAGGCAGCGGACAAGAUCAAGGGCCUCCUCGCGGCCGGCACGACCGUCAUUUCAGACCGCUUCUACCACUCCGGCAUCGUCUACUCGGCUGCCAAGCUGAACCCUUCGCUGCCGCUGUCGUGGGCGCGCGCGGCGGAGCGCGGCCUGCCCCGUCCGGAUCUGGUUCUGUUCUUGGACCUGGACGAGGAGACGGCCGAGUCGCGCGGAGGCUGGGGCGGAGAGCUCUACGAAAAGGCGGAGAUGCAGCGACGGGUAAGGGAGCUGUUUUGGAGCCUCAGCAUGGGCGGCAAGGACGUCCAGGGACAAGAGAUGCUGGCUGGCCUGGGGGGGUUGGAGGGCGCGCAAUGGCGGCAGGAGGAGGAAGACCUGGUGGUUGUCGAUGCGGCCGGCAGCGUGGAGGAGGUGGCGGACCGAAUUUGGGGCAGGGUGACGGCCAGAGUUGCGCAGGUCGAGAGGGGCGAGGUGGGCAGGACGGUGAGGAUUGUGCAGUAG